UUGAAGAAUAAAAACAUCAUUUUAGAAUGGCACAUUCCUCCAAGACGUUCUACACUACAAGUGAAGUAAAGAACAUUUUAGAUACUAUUAACCAUAAUGAAAGCGACUUAGAAGAUGAAGUAUCAUCCACUGAUGAUGAAGAUGAAUUAUACACCUUAGCAAAUGAAUAUGACAAUGAAGAAAUAGUUGGUGUUGCAGAUACACCAGACUCAGAUGAGAAUGAGUUGCUAGAAACUCCAGAGUCAGUUAAAACCAAAAAAAAAACAUAUCAUUGGCACAAAACAACAUUUGAGCCACCGGAUGUCAUCUUCAGAGGUGAAAAGCUGCAACUUCCAGACCAUUAUGAACUGCCAUCUCCUCUGCAGUUCUUUGAAGAAUUUCUGACUGAGGACAUGUUAGAUCUUCUAGUUGAAAUGACUAAUCAAUACAGUGUGGAGAAAAGCUGUGUUCAUCUUUGCCACAAAAUGUACCUGGACAACCCUCAUUCAAUUAUAAAAUUUAUGCAGAUAACUUUUUUACAGGUAUGGCUCUUUUAGUUGAAUUGCAGAAGCUAGGUAUUCAUUAUACAGGCACAAUCAGACCUAACCGUAUACCAGGAAUCAAUCUUCAGAAUGAGGCUGAAAUGAAGAAAAAAGGCCGUGGUACUAUGGACCAGUCCAUAGAAAAAAACACUAAAAUAGUCGCUGUUCGUUGGUACGACACAAGAGCUGUCAAUGUACUAUCUACAUUCUCUGGUACAGAUCCCAGAAAUCCAGUUAGUCGAUUUGAAAAAUCCAAAUCAAUGUAUGUCCCAGUACAGAGGCCAGCAGUUAUAAAACUGUACAAUGAAAACAUGGGAGGGGUAGACCUUCAUGACUGUUGUGUGGCCAAAAAUUCCUACCGCAUUAAGUCCAAGCGGUGGUACAUGUACAUUUUUUGGCAGACCAUUAGAAUGAUGCUUGUGAAUGCCUGACUUUCUUAUCGUCGUGUCACUGGUCUGCUUGGAUAUUCAAAACGGGACACAAUGAACCAGCGAAAAUUUCAAGCCAGGCUAGCAACACUUCUUAUUCAGUUUGAAAAUUCCAGUGAAAGGAAACGGGGGCGGCCAUCUGCAGAGUGCAGUAAAGAAAACCUUGUAAAAAGAAGACGACUGCAAACACUUCUGCCCAAUCCACAAAUAGCAACAGAUGGCUACAAUCAUUUUAUAAUAAAAAAUGACAAUCGCCAACGAUGCAGAUUGUGCAGCCUUAAAACAAACAAUGUUUGUGAAAAGUGUAAUGUUUUUCUUUGUUUCACAGAGAAAAGAAACUGCUUCAGGGAGUUUCAUUUUAGCUCAUGAAUGAUUGAAAUGUUCAAAAUUAAAAUAAAGUAUUAUAAAGUUUAAAACAAAUGUAUCAUUUUAAAUAUUUAUGUGUAAGAAUAAUUGUAUU